UUUCAGAGAUAAUUUGAUGUUUAAAUGUUCUGCCACUUAUUUGAUAUUAUCACAUUAAAAAAACAAUAAUUAUAAAACACGUUUUACAAUAUUUCAUUUAAGUUGAAUUAAAUAAAAAAAACUUUGGGCAUGGUACUUUAACAGGUAUGUUACAUUUUGUAAUGUAUUCGCUUGACAAAAUUAAUCACAUAACAUUGAUAAUACCCUGUUAUCGAACAUGUUUUACUGAUUGCUAAAGAUUGGUGACUUGGGCUCUUAUGUAAACUCGUACAAAUCAAACAUUGAAAAUACUUGUCAAGCUCAGUUUAUGAUACUUAGACUGAUAGCCGGUUAGAGAUAACGUUAACUUUAUCGUUUUAACUAUUCUAACUUCCUCUUGUGAUAUUUUUCGAGGCUCAUGUUUCAUUUAACGCUUUUUAUAUUUGAUAAACAUGAAGGAUUCUGUUUUCUUGGUAUUAUUCGUUUUGAUGAAAGCCUUGGUUUCCUUCACUGAAGAUGAUGCAUCCUCUGUUAUUUAUUGGAACACGGCACUUUUGACUUGGCAAGAAGCAUUGGACAGUUGUAAAAGUAAAGGUGGUUAUAUGCUUCUCUCUCUAUCUGAGACUGAUUUAGGACAAAAUAUAGACAAACUCCAUUUACAGAGUGAAGCAGACAUAUGGACAGACGAUCAUUUAACACUAGUGCAUAACGGAAAUGACAAAUAUUGUGGAUUUAACUACCUAAAUAGCACAAUUUACGAAAUCGGAGAAGUGCUUUAUGGAGAUUGUUACGCUAACAGAAACUAUUUUUGCAAAAAUGAAACAGGGGUGUUAGUUGACUAUAACAGUACUCGGGAUAAUGUCAACUGUAGAUUUAACGUUUCAUUUAGUGACUUAAAAAGCAUGCGGUCAAGAAUUAAACCAGGAUAUUAUUGGAAUACUGGGACUAUGUAUGGGACAGCUAGUACGGCUAGAACAGUGUUGGACAACUUUAACGUUCAAGACAUAUUAUGCGGAGGCUAUAAAAGUUCGAUUGGAAGGUAUUAUGCAAAUUGUACGAAAAAACGUUUCUCGUUAUGUACGAAGGAUUUAGAGACAACUACAGAUACAUUUCAUACAUCAACCAAACAGCCAAUGAAAGAACAAACUUUAACCAGAGAUAAAACAAAUGUAAUGAACAUUCAUCCACAACAGGAAGAGCGAAGUUCAGAGAUAGGGAUAAAAGUUGGUAUACCACUUGGAAUAAUAUUACCUUUGACAUGUGGACUUUUAAUUAUCAUUUACAUUUACAGGAAAAGGAUAAAAUGUUGGCAGUCUAGCAAUCCAAAACAUGAAAAUGGACGUAUGGACCAGUCUCUAACUCAAAAAACUUUGCAAGUUCAUGGCAACCUCAACGUUUACUCUGAAAGUAUUCAAGAAACUCAAACAUCAUCUGAGCACCAUACAAAUGAAAAUAAUCUAACUGACAUAAGCGCACAGUAUGCUGUUGUCAAAAAACCUAAAAAGGUUGACACAACAUCCAGAAAAGAUGAUUUCUCAAAUAAAUCGCAUCAAAAUGCAACGAAUGAUGAAUACGAUGUUGCUGGUAGGUUUCAAAAUUGUAGUUCUAAUCAGUCGGACAAUCUGUACAACCAUUUUGAAAGCGUGGACGAGUACAAUUCCACAUCUUUUGUCAGGGAAGAAGGAGAUUGUAACAAUUUGUACAACACAACAGGAGACCGCAAUCUCGUUGAAUCUCCAUACGACUCAACAAUUCAAGUGAAUAACACAGCAUUGCCUGAUGACGUUUACAAUCAUGUAUCGCAAGAUGACAACUACUAUGACUCUACAUCAACUUCUAGAAAUAAGUUAUAAGACAAAUUAACUGUGCAAACCAAGUAUUACAGAAAUUUCUUGUUCAUUAGAACUGGGUGUCAAACUCUAGUUUUGUUGUAAUAUUAAUGUAUAGGUGAUGUAGCCGCUGUGAUAAUUUUGUCUGUUGCUUUUUCUCAAUGUUUUUUGUUUUCAUUUUCUGAUCUUAAAUGAUUAAUGAUACUGUAAUUCUUGUGUUGAAGAUGUUACUGCUAUCAAAUACUUGAUUCCGUUCAAAUGAACUAAGUCUGACAUAUUACAUUGAAAUAUAAAAAAACCCAUUUAAAUGUGAUGUAUUUCAAGGAUAAUAAACUUUUAAUAAUGACUAGUUUUCCCAAUCUCUCGCACAUAUCUAAAAAAAUCCCUUAUAACACGACCAUUUGCUUUCACUAAUAUCUACUUAAAUUAUUAUCUAAAAAUCAUAAAACAUGUAUCA